AUUUUUGAAGGACACUUUCCUGGCGUGUUCAGCUGUGAUCUUCCAACUCUUCAUUUUUAUACCGCUAACAUUAUCCUAGAAGGGCAUAACCCCAAACACACACAACCCCGAGCAUAACUGAGUCAGCCCACACUUCGUCUCUUUCUUGUCAGAAUUAAUCAAUUCUAUAAAUAUCUCUGACCUAGAGCCUAGUAAAAACAGUUUCCAUGCCUGGACCAUGACAUCAAGACUCUCCAUCCUGGAGUCUGCUUUAUUGAUACCUCAGAAAGCAUAUCACACAUGCAGAAAUUCAGUUACACCAUCAUCUUGAGACAAAUCUACCUAACGGGUGGUUUUAACAUCAUUGUAAUCCCUCUUUCUGGAGGAUGAGCUGGGUUCUAGAACACUCUGUUUUAUCUGGUGUUGAGGUAACGUGAGUCUGGGUGACCCUGCGUGUUUGCGGACACCACCUGUGUAGUCUGUCUUGCGUUGAUGACUCGUUAGGGUCCAGUUACUCAGCCUCUCCGGGCCGCUGCUUGUUAAUAUUUAAGUAGUGUUUGCUGCUCACAGCUUUGCUUGCAGGCUUUAGUUACCUCUGUACCUAGAGGUAGAAGGACUAGAGUGGCCCUCAUGCUUUGCCUGGUGGUGUCAUGCUGGCCAUACUGGGUGCUGCGCACGAGAUGAAGUCCCCUCUGCUGGCUGCCUUAAUGGAGGAACUACAGGUCCAGUGAAAUCUGUCACGCUGUCCUGACUUCAUGAAGUCUCAUAGCCUCUCUUAACUUUCCAGCCAAGCUGAAGGAACAGUCUGGAAGCCCUAGCUCUAGCUGUAAUUAGCAGUCCUGUUGCUAUACAGUUCUUACAGCAGCCCAGUGACACGACUACAGACUAUGUAAUGAGACGCAGCGUAACACUAAUGAUAUGUUGGGUUUUGCCUGAGUGCUCGGCUGUGUGUCUCUGCCCUGCAACUGCCUCCAUCCCGCUCUUCGUCCUGCCUCUAAACACACACAGGAACAUGAGACGCGUAUUCUGCAUGAAAAUCUGAAAACUUGAUCGCGAGAGGUCAGAUGCAGAUUUGGGCGUAGCCUGAGGGGUGGGGGGUGAGGUGUGGGAGAGAGAGAGAGAGAAAGAGAGAGAGAGAGAGAGGGAAUGAGAGAUAUGUUAUAUAGAGUUUCUCCACCUUGUGGACAUGUAUAAUUAAUCUUCCCUGAAGAGACUAGUGCAAUACUCAAGUACAGGAUGUAUCUGGUCUGACCAGAGAGAGAGAGAAAAAGAAGUAGAAGAAAGGAAGAAAAAAAGGACUAAAAAGCAGGAAAAGAGAGACGGGUUAUGGGGGAAGUGGUGCCCAGACGUCCAAUCAUCGCUGGAAGAGAGAGAGGUCAGUCAAAGUCACCUGUUAAAUAGGAUGGACACCUGAUUGACCUUGACUCAUUAGUCAUGGUGCGUCCACAUUGACACUCCUCAGAGAGAGCCAAACAAUAGACUGUGUCACAGUGCAGGGUGUCAACCGUUCAAAAUUCAAUGAAUGAUUAUAGUGAUUCAAUGAUGAUUAUAUAUAUUCAAUGAAUGAGCAUGUAGAUGUAUUUGCUCAUAGACAAGAGAACUAGUGAAUGUUUGUCGUCUAAUCUACUGUAAACAGACCAGUUGUUUGCUUCUGUUAGGAUUCAUACAGUACAUUUGACUGACAGCUCUUUACUUGUACAUAAGAUACUACUGCAGGGCACGCAAUGCUGUAGCUUAAUUUCUUUACAUGACUUGUUACAUUCAUUCUGUCAUCGCCUUUGUCAUCAUUGUUCUAAUCAUCCUCAACUCUGCGUUGCUAGGGCCAGGUCCUGGUCGCUAUGCUCUCCCUCCGACGGUUGGCUACAUCAACCAUGACCUCACCAAGCCCAGUAGUCCCGCCUACUCCUUCCACAGUCGCAUGAGCAGCACCAUGGUGUCUGUCGACUCCAGCCCAGGACCACGGUACCACGUCGAUUCCAAGAUGACACGCUUCGGACGGGUGGGAACCCCUUCCUACUCUAUGCUGGGCAGGAACAAACGUGCUAACAAGCUGUUCCAGACCCCGGGACCGGGAGCCUAUAGCCCAGAGAAAGCCCCGCCUCUAAAUGGACAGCGUAGACCGCCCUCUUACACCAUUGGCUCCCGCACGCGCUACCGAGCAGUGGACUUUGUGCCGGCCCCCAACAGGUACACAUUGCCUCACCUGCUGGGCUCCCAGGUGCCCCACAAGGCUUCCAGUGCCAGCUACAGCAUGUCCAGCCGCCGGCAUGUCGGGGCCCCCUCGGAGGACCUGGCCAUGACCCCCGGACCGGGCCACUACAAUAGCACCGACCCCAGCGUCUACCUCCAGCGCCAGCCCUCUUUCUCCAUGCAGAGCCGGACCCCCAGGCCCAGCAAUGCGGCGUCCAUCCCUGGCCCUGGCACCCACAGCCCAGAGAAGGUCCUGGCACACCUCCCCAGGCCUCCCUCCUUCACCCUGGGAAUACGGCACUCUGAGUUUGUCACUCCUCUGGUGGUGCACGUGUCUGACUGAGACUGAGUCUCUCUCUC